UCAAUUACUUCAUCAGUAAAUAACUGAAUAUCAUUGUAGAUUCAAGAUUGUCUCAUGAAGAUCUGUUGAUGAGAACAACAUAAUCUUAAAUUACAGUUGCCAAGAUCAGGGUCAUAUCAGUUAACACAUGAGAACAGAAGUAUAAAUCUAUCCAACCCCUAUCAUCAUAUCUCAAUUCAAAUAGCUAGUUGUGCAGAGUGAUCCUUUAAUAAAAAAAUAUCCGUUUAUAUUCUAUGCUUUUGCAUUAGAAAAUGAUGUAAAGAAUAUAAUGAUGAUAUACAAUCUCAUGCACUGGACCUCUGGGAUCUCCUGGCCGGCCUAAAAAUAACUCCAUGUCCUGUACAUGCCCCCGUUUGCCAUGUCCAUGUAUGGAAAUUCAACUUAGGGCAUUACAAAUACGAAUGUGCGAGUUUGUUGUGCAAGAGCAAUUUAAUGUUCCCUCUUCUGUUCUCCAGUUCUGUUUAUGAAAGAAAUUAUCUUUAGUCUUGAAGUAAAUCUUUAGUGUUAAAGAUUUAAAGAUUUUUAAUGUACAGAAACACACUGAUGUUUAUUAUGAAUAUGGAUAAUGCAUUCCAAUUCUUCUAUAUUUUUUUUCUUCUACAGUUUAUUUAAUGACUUGAGGUUUCCCAUUAAAGUACUUACCAUGCAUUUAUUUUGAUGAAGCAGACAAAUUAAGAAUAUUAUUGAAUACAUUUUAUAUUGUUAUGUCAUAUUACGUUUGAGAAAUUCAGUCUGUUGGGUUUUACGGUGUGGCCAAUGCAACAGAUGUUAGGAAAUUUUUAUCUCCAUUUAAGAAGCUGACUCAGCCGUAUCUCCAAGGCACCACUAAUAAGACGUUGCAUAAUUUACAAAGCAGAAAUAAAUGUUUUCUUAAAAUAGCAAUCUGUAAUAUUUUUGGACGCACGCUAUAUAUAAUGAUUUUAAAAGUGUUUAUAUAUGGUUUCACUAAAGACGUACAGUGUAUGAUGAUGUUGUUUUGAUGUUGACUGUCACUAAUGGGCCAUCAGACACCGUAAAUAUAAAAUGCCAGCACAUUAUAAAUGAACAACAUGGGUAAAUGUUCCUGUGCUAAGGGAAUUGUGGGAAGGAUUGAGAGUAGUAUUUUAACUAUAAAAGUAUUUCACUGAAUAGGUUCAUACAAUGAGUUAAUUUUUAUGUCAAACCAUUUUACUGAAAUGUUUCUCUUGUUGUGGCCACAUUGCUUAUAUCACUAGAGAGCACCAGUUACAAGGUCCGAAUAUUGGCACUAUGAGACGUCGCCAUGGAGGGAGGGGUCAGGGGGGGAGUCAGACGGAAAGACCCCUCCCCCCUCAACUAUGUUUCUCAGGACAAUUCGUUGGCUCCAAUAACAUCUGACCCACAGUCUCUUAGUGCUUCUUUGGCAAGUGGAACAUCAGGUGAUGAGGAAGGUGCUGGUAAGGCUCAACCCAAAAGACUCCAUGUGUCCAACAUACCGUUUAGGUUUCGUGACCCAGACCUAAGGCAAAUGUUUGGGCAAUUUGGCAAGAUUCUAGAUGUGGAGAUCAUUUUCAACGAGAGAGGGUCAAAGGGUUUUGGAUUUGUGACAUUCGAGAGUGCGUUGGAAGCAGACCGGGCGAGAGAGAAGCUCAACGGAACCAUCGUCGAGGGAAGAAAGAUUGAGGUGAACAAUGCCACAGCCAGGGUGGUGACAAAGAAGCCUCAGACACCUUUAGUAAAUGCUGCUGGCUGGAAGAUCAAUCCAGUAAUGAGUGCCAUGUAUGCUCCUGAACUUUACACAGUCGCCAGCUUCCCCUAUCCUAUGGCCACGCCAACCUUGGCCUACAGAGGCACUGCCCUCCGAGGACGCGGUCGAGCUGUUUACAAUACCAUCCGUUCAGCCGCAGCAGCGGCCGCCACACCCACUGCUGUUCAAGCGUAUCCAGGGGUUGUGUAUCAGGAUGGAUUGUACAGUGCAGAGGUCUAUGGAGGAUAUCCAGCCACAUACAGAGUUGCUCAGUCUGCCUCAGCCACUGCAGCAACCACAUACAGUGAUGGAUAUGGAAGAGUCUACGCAACAGCAGCGGACCCCUACCAUCAUUCAGUAGGACCUACCACCACUUAUGGAGUUGGAACAAUGGCAAGUUUGUACCGCGGAGGCUACAACCGAUUUACUCCGUACUGAAACAACCUGAGAACAACUUCCCCUUUGAUGUUCCGGCAAUGAUGAGACACCUCCUUCCUGUGUGAACCUCUGAUUGCAGAGGAAGUGUUUGAGAUUGUAAAUACUGUGACUUAUUUUUUAUUUAUUGGGGCAAAAGAUAAAUCCAGUCUAAACAUUUGCAGAAUUAUUUAAGUCUGAAUGGAAGUAGGAGUUAACUCAACUCUCCACAAAAUGGAAAAUUAAGUACAUCCCUUUUUGUUACUGCACUUCAAACUAUUUUAUUAUGAAAUCUGGAAACUUUUUUGUAAAGGUUGCACUGUGAAAUGACAAUAUAUAAUAUCCAAAUAUAGACACCACUGGUGGAACUUUUGCCAUAGUGAAAGAUGGAUAACACCAAACCUGUCCAGUGUGUAUAGAGCUGUGUUCAUGUUGAUGUGUGUGUGUGUUGGAGUGUAUUUUGAGUAUUCAAAAGCAAUACUGUGAGAUGCAAUGGAGACAGCAAUGGCACUGACCUGUGUGAUACACAUUCUCUUUCUCAAUAUAACCUACCUCUGAGCCAUAUAUCUUUUCUCUCUUCUAAUUCUCAAAACCUCUCCUGUUUUUCCUGCUGAGACAUUGCUUUGCAAUUCACUGCCUUGCUUGCAAUGAAUCUCUUGCUUUUUUUAAAAAAAAAUCCGGGGUGCUUUCCUCGGUUUCUGUAGUCAUCUUGCUUUUCUUCUGUCCAUUUCAAAUGCUGUUUUUGUUUGAAUAAUACCUCUUCUUUAUUCUUUAAAAGUAUUCACACAUCUUGUGUGCUUUACUUCUCUUUACUCUCUGCUUUUAAUGUAAUUUUUUUUGAUGAUGUUGGAGGUCAUUCUAGUUUUUCAGAACUAAACUUAACUUUGAAAUUUGAAGUUUAGCCUGAUUGUAUUUAUUUUUAACAGUAAAGUCACAAGGUUUGCAAACAUAAUUCAAAUUCAAACAAUUCAAAUGUUUCAUAAAUUGGGAUUAAAUGCAACAUGUAAAGAAUUAAGUAUUGAAAACCCAUAAUAACCAACCAGAAAUCUGAAUAUUUAGUUACUGCCUAUUGUACUACAGAGUAAUUUCUAUUACUCUUUUCUUUCUUUCUUUCUUUCUUUCUUUCUUUCUUUCUUUCUUUCUUUCUUUCUUUCUUUCUUUCUUUCUUUCUUUCUUUCUUUCUUUCUUUCUUGCUUUCUUUCUUGCUUUCUUUCUUGCUUUCUUUCUUUCUUGCUGUCCCUCCUUUCCAUUUCAUUUCAUUUUUUCUUUCCUUUCAUUUCUUUCAGUCCCUCCUUACCUUUUACUUUAUUUCCCUUCCAUCUUUCUUUCUUUCUUUCUUUUUUGCUUGCACUUUCCAUCCUUCCUUCCUGCUUUUUGUAGUUAUACUUUAUUUCCAUGCACUUUCUGCUCUGCCUCUUUGACAUUUUCUCGUAUUAUUCAUAAAAGGCUAUAUUUCCUAAAAGGUUACUAUUUUAUUUGUUUCCCAACUAUUUAUUGGCAUUUGCUGCAUUUAUUUUUUGACCUUCCUGUCUCCUUUAUAUCUCUGUUUUUCAUUUUGCUGUUUCAUCUGUUUUCUGCACCUCUAUCUAUAUUACCUGCUUAUUUUCCUUACUCUUUUUUUUCCCAUUUACUCUUUUCUUACUGCAUUUAGUCUGUCUGCUCCACUAAGUUUUCUUUUAUUUCUCUUAGCUCUAACAGAUUAAAUCUUUAGUUUACUUCACCUAAUUGCUUUCUUGCUUUCUCUCUCUUUCUGUCUCUAUCCAUCUUAUAACCACAGGACCCUAUGGUGUCAUUGCUGUAUGCCUAUGCUGUGUUUUUUUCUUUUCCUCGGUACAGUGUAUGAUAUGUUUUAAUUGUACAUUAAAACAGUUGAAUUGUC